AUGUGUUUCCAUACACUGACGUCCACUGAACAUGCAAAGCGGUAUGAGAAGCAAUAUUUUCAGAACACAGACACAGCUGGACAUGACAAUGAUGAAGUUGAUGGCGGCAAUUUAUGUGGAUUAAGAAUGAAAAAAGGAGUCAGAGUUACUAAAACAUGUAAUCUCCCAUUAGGACGUGAGAAAGUGGAGCGCUCCUACUCUGCAGAUCCUACCUUCUCUUACCAUUCUUCUCUUCAAAGAACUGGUCCUGCAGAACUACAAAUGGACUUGCCUUUUCAAAAACCAUGUUGUUUCCCUCAAAUGCCAGAGCACAAUCAAGGGAGGAAUGACAAUACUCUUAAAGAAGACAGUUCAGAAAAAAACUUGUCAGAGGAAACGCAAGAAGCCUGCAAAGAUGACAAAGCUGGGCGAGUGAUGAUGGAAAGAGAAAAGAAAUAUGAAGAAGUAGAAGCAUCAAACAAAGAGCAUCACCAGCCUUUGGUAAGAGAACCCAGAUGCAAAGAUAAAGUGAGCUGUUUAGAAACAGCAGGCAGAGAUGUUCCAUGUGGCCCAACAAAGUUAUCAAGCAAUGAGAAUAAAUGUGGGAGAAAGGAAGAGGAAAAUGACAAGAUUUCUGUGACAAGGAGUAAUUUUACAGUCCAGGAGAAAGAUACUGAAGAAUUUUUUGCACCAGGGCCUGCAAUUUCUAUGCACACACCCCAAGAACAGAAAAACUGGCUAAGCGAGAGUCUUUUGCUUAGUAGCAGGGCCAAAUACAGCAGCAAAUCAAAUGGCUCUUCUCUCCAUCCACCUCUGUUGAACCUCGGAGAAAAAACAGUUGACAAACAAGAUAGUUCCUUUGAGGCCUCUUUCCCCCUUUUUGGAGAAGAGAUUCAAACACCCCAGAGCAUACAGAAGCAGGGAGCAGGGAAGACAAGCAAUCCUCUAUUUUUUGUUAGCUCUGCUGGAUCUGAUCAGCAACAGUCAGAAGGCAGUGAGAUGGAGCAUCGCUUUGUAAGACAACCGACAGCUCAUAAAAGUGCAAGCAGUCCUCCAGAAAUUAAAUUCAACACUUCUCCAGGCCAGACUGAGCCUAGUAGAGACCCUGAUAUAAGCAGCCCUGGAAACCAAACUCCUCUUCACCUAGUCUCUCAGCUUGAACAUAUUAAACAACAGAUGGCCAGAGACAGCAUACAAUUCAUCAGAUUUGAAGCGACAGACCUUCACGGGGUGUCAAGAUCCAAGAAUAUUCCUUCUCGAUUUUUUCAUGAAAAAGCAACCCAUGGUGUUUCCAUGCCUAGAGGUUAUCUUGAACUGACCCUGAAUCCUAAGGACAAUGAAGUGGGCUAUAUAAGUUCAACUAGUUUUCAUCGUGACAUAAUCCUGAGCCCUGAUUUAUCAACAUUUAGAGUUUUACCAUGGACUGAACAAACUGCUAGAGUAAUCUGUGAUCCCUUUACUGUACUAGGCAAACCUGUAUCAACCUCACCUAGGUACAUUGCCAAACAACAGCUGAGCCAACUUCAAGACUAUGGCUUUUCACUGUACUCUGCCUUCACUUAUGAAUUUUGUAUUUAUGGCAUUGCUGAGGUUAUAAAUUCAAAGACAAUAUCUUUUCCUGCAGCAACUUUACUAAAUAACCAGGAUCAGACUUUCGUUCAGGAACUCAUUGAAGGAAUGUAUUACAUUGGUGUCAACAUUGAGAGCUUUUCUUCUUCUACUGGUCCUGGGCAGAUGGAAAUCUCUUUUCAUCCAGAGUUUGGCAUUGAGGCUGCAGACAGUGCCUUUGCCUUCAGAACAGGCAUUAAAGAAGUUGCAAAGAAAUACAACUACAUUGCAAGCUUUUUUUCAGAGAUAGGAUUCUACAAUUCAGGGAUUUUGGCUCAUAGUCUAUGGGACAUCAAUGGUCAGAAGAAUUACUUUUCAGGUAGCUUUGGAACUCGGGAGCUCAGUGAUAUUGGAAAGUAUUGGCUCGCAGGACUCUUGUUGCAUUCAGCAGCUCUCAGCUGCUUGCUGGCUCCUGCUGUCAGCUGCCGUAAGCGUUAUUCUAAAUAUAGUAAGGAUUCAAAAGAGACUGUGAAUGCAAAAUGGGCAUACAAUGACAACAGCAGUUCCUUUAACAUCAAAUGUCAUGGUGGAAAAGGCAUUCAGAUAGAAAACAAACUAGGUUCAGCUACGGCAAAUCCCUACCUGGUACUUGCUGCAACUGUUGCUGCAGGCCUGGAUGGAAUAAAGAGAAAACUUAGCAUCCAAGAUGUGUCAGAAGAGAAACAGAAUACUUCUCAUUUGAAAGCUUUGGCAAUCCCUCUGAAACUAGAAGAUGCUCUUGCUGCCCUUGAGGAAGAUUUAUGCAUUAGGGAGGCACUGGGUGAUACCUUUAUCCGAUAUUUUGUCACCAUGAAACGUUACGAGUUGGAAACUGAAGAAAUAGAUGCUGAAAGGAAAAAAUAUUUAGAAUAUUUUAUUUAA